GUCUAGGGUUCGUGGUCAAACCAGUAGUCUAGGGUCGAGAAUUGAAGUGCAUGUUCUUUAUCGAAGUUCCAUCACGGAGUCGCAGACGUGGCUGCAGCUUGAGAACAGACGACAUGAUGGAGUGUGCUAAAAACUUUACGCUGUCGGUCGACAAGUUUUACCAUUGCUAUUGGAACAUCCACGGUUAUGUCAGCCUCACCAUCUGCAUCUGGGGCCUGAUCACCAAUGUCAUCAACAUCAGCGUCCUGACGAAGAAGUCGAUGAGAAGCCCUAUCAACUGUAUUCUGACAGGAAUAGCGAUCUCAGACAUGAUCACCAUGUCAAGCUACAUCCCCUUCGCUGUACAUUUUUACCUCCUCAACGACAAAGACUUCACCCCGAGCCGCAACACUUACGGCUGGAUGGUUUUCCUAGCCGUGCACAUGAACAUCACGGUGACCUCGCACACGGCCUCCAUCUGGAUGGGAGUCAUCAUGGCGAUCAUGCGUUUUCAUCGUGAGACCGACGGGCCGGGGCGCCAAGAAUCUGGACUGCCGCUUCGCCCUCUUGGCUGUGGUGUGCACCUUCCUGGGCUCCGCGGCCCUCGUGAUCCCCAACUGCCUCAUCACGAGGGUAGAGCUGUACCCAACGAGACCUUGUGGACCAUCCAGAUGCCGGAAGUGGGCACCAACAACACCGACUCUAUCGCUGUGCUGACCUACCUCGUCUACCCAAUCUGUGGAAAGAUCAUCCCGGUGAUGCUCAUCUCCAUCUUCGGGGGUCUGCUGCUGCAGACCCUGCGGGAGACGGAUCGGCGGGGCCGACGCCUGAAGGGAGAUACUAACUGUGGCCCCGCGCACAACCAGAACCGCCGCACGACCAUCAUGCUGCUGUGCAUCAUCUUCAUGUACGUCAUCUCCGAGGUGCCGCAGAGUGUGAUCCUCAUCAUGUGCGUGGCCGUGCAGGGCUUCUUCCGCAACGUCUACUUGCCGGUCAGCGACCUCAUCGACACCAUCGCUCUGCUUAACAGCGCCGUCAACUUCAUCAUGUACUGCACCAUGAGCAGGCAGUUCCGCAACUGCCUCAAGGACUCCCUGCGCGCAUGCGUCAAGGGGUGCACCGGCAACGGGUUUAAGCAGGUCCCGUGCGACACCGUUCCGACCAGUGUAUGAAGUUGGCAGAUCUGACCGAAACACUCGUUAUUGGUGAGAAUGAAUGAAAUGUUUCGUGAUGAAUGUGACUGGUUUCUACAUGCCAUGUUGAAUGGUCAUUAAAAAAACUGCACUCUUUAUGGGUGUUUUACUUGUUUUUUCAAAAACAUCCUAAAACAAGAUAAACGUUUAGUGCUCACGAAAAACGGCGGAGUUCACCACUUUUUCUUCUAGUGAACAAAGAGCUGUUUCCAGUAAACUGAUGUCUCUUCUGUGAAAUCCAUGCCACUCCUUCUUGAACUAUGGACGGUUUGGUUACGUUGUUGAAGAUGAAAAUCAUGAUCUCUUCCACGAAGACAGUGUGGGUUUAAUAUUAAUGAGUCGUUGUUAUGUAGGAAGACUGAGCUUGACGAGGUUUGUGGUUGUCCAACAGUAAUAAAGCGAUUUCAGUAUUCGAUAAAAACUGUGCUUCGACGACUACACUUUUCUAGAAGAUUUGGACAUUGCUUGAAGUCAGCGAACAAGAUCUCUGAACACUAAUAACUUUACUUCAG